AUGAAUGCCGCUAAUGGCGCGCUGGUGCCAACAGUCCACUCUGUUUUUGAGCAGCUCGAACACGAUGAAGGAAUCAAUGUUCUUCAAAUGAAAGAUGAGCCUGGCAUCGUAAUGGCUGUAAUAAUUAAUGCCUACACCCUACAGUCCAUGUCUAUCUGCCCGCCCUCGGCGAAUACUUUACAAAACCUAGUCUCACUAGACGGUGGUGAUGUUAGGGAAGACGCUACUCAAUACCUGUAG